UCAUCUGUCCUUACAUGUCUCGGAACGGUAGUUUCCACUCCCAGUUUGUACAUUAGAGAAUCAGAGUGGAAACAGUGUUUCAGCAGGAGGCCCUCUGUAAUUUGGUUCUGUUAAAAUGGGACAAAUUUUGAUGGAAGUUUGGAUACCAGUUUUACUUCUAGUUUCCUCAGCUGCGAGCUCUAACAUUUGCACUUCCAGAGGAGUGAGUACCUGUAAAGAAUGUCUGUCGAUCCAUCCAACCUGUGCUUGGUGCUCUCAGGAGAUCUUUGGAAAGGGAGGGUCAGGUAUGUCCCGGUGUGAUCUCAAAGACAGUCUCAUUCAGUCUGGUUGUGGCGUGAAGUUUAUUGAGUUUCCAGUUAGCAGUAUGAGGACCCUAGAAGACGUACCCCUGAGUGACAAGGCAAGGGGUUCAGCCAGCGAUAUCACUCAGAUCCAACCCCAAAAAAUCCACCUAACCCUCAGGCCAGGUGAUUCAAAGAAAUUUACUGUCAAUGUGAAGCAAGUAUCUGAUUACCCAGUUGACCUGUACUACCUGAUGGACAUGACCAAUACCAUGAAGGACGACCUGCAGCAACUUUAUGCACUUGGUAAUGAUCUGGCCACUGCCUUACGUGGCGUCACCAGUAAUCUGCGCAUGGGAUUCGGAGCUUUUGUAGACAAACCGCUCUCACCUUAUAUGUACAUUUACUCUGAAGAAGUCAUCAGGAAUCCUUGCCAUAAGUCUUUUGAACCCUGCCCUCCGCAAUUCGGCUAUCGUAAUGUACUGUCUCUGACGGAGCAAGUAGAGCGGUUCACAGAAGAAGUGAAGAAACAGAAAGUGUCCAGAAACAGAGAUGCUCCUGAGGGAGGAUUUGAUGCUAUCAUGCAAGCAGUAGUAUGCAAGGAGAAGAUUGGAUGGAGGCCUGAUGCAUCUCAUUUGCUAAUCUUCACAAGUGAUGACAGAAGUCAUUUGGCUUUGGAUGCAAAGCUGGCCGGAAUUGUCCAGCCCCAUGAUGGAGAGUGCCACAUCAAUAACAACAAUGAAUAUGACAAGUCCACUAUACUGGACUAUCCUUCACUUGGCAUGAUCACGGACAAGAUAUCUGAGAAUAACAUCAACCUCAUCUUUGCUGUAACCAGCAAUAUAAUGCCACUAUAUCGAAAUUACAGCGAGCUGAUUCCUGGCUCUGCGGUUGGAACGCUCUCCAAAGACUCUGGAAAUGUUGUGCAACUCAUUCUGGAUGCAUAUGCGAAGAUCAGGUCUAAGGUUGAGCUGGAGCUGUUGGGUGUGCCAGAUGAGUUAUCUCUAUUCAUCAACGCAAUAUGCCUGGAUGGAGAGGUCAUCGAAGGUGUCCGGUCCUGCGGCGGACUCAAAAUUGGAGAUAUGGUUUCAUUUAACAUUGAGGCAAAACUUCACGGCUGUCCCAAAGAGAAGAAUCGGACCUUCAUCGUGAAGCCACUGGGCUUUAAAGACAGCCUUCAGGUCACUGUGGACUUUGCUUGUGAUUGUGGCUGUCAGCAGUCCUCCGAGCCCGAUAGCCCGUCCUGUCACCACGGCAAUGGAACGCUGGAGUGCGGCGUGUGCCUGUGCGAUCCGGGCCGACUGGGCUCUCGAUGCGAGUGCUCUGAGGGCGAAUAUAAUCCCAGCCAACAAGACCGCUGUAGCCCUAACCCAGAGACGCCGGUCUGUAGCGGACGCGGAGACUGCGUGUGCGGCCAGUGUGCCUGUCGCUCGAGUGAUUUUGGGAAGGUUUGGGGGCCGUACUGUGAAUGUGACAACUUCAGCUGCCUCCGUUCCAAAGGACAGCUAUGUUCAGGUAAUGGUGAGUGCAACUGUGGGUCUUGUCACUGUAAUCCUGGAUGGUCCGGCGAGAGCUGUGACUGUUCGACCCGCACCGAUACCUGUAUGGGGGGUGGAGGAAUGCUCUGUAGUGGGCGUGGCCACUGCGUGUGUGGCGUCUGUGAGUGCACUCAGCCAGGAGCUUAUGGAUCAACCUGUGAGAAGUGUCCCACCUGCCCAGAUGCCUGCACCAUCAAAAAGGAGUGUGUGGAGUGUAAACAUUAUAAAAGAGGGGAUCUGUUUGAGAAGAACUGCAAUCACGUCUGCAGAGAUGAGAUUGUGCUGGUGGAUGAGCUGGUCUUUCAUGAGAAGAACGCAGUCAAUUGCAGCUAUAAGGAUGAGGAUGACUGUGUUCAGAACUUCCAGUAUUAUGAAGAUGCCAGUGGAAAAUCCUUUCUCUAUCUUGUUAAAAAACCAGUGUGUCAGGAUGGUCCUGAUGUCUUGGUGGUUGUCCUAUCGGUCACUGGUGCGAUCCUGCUGCUGGGUUUGGCUGCACUUUUGGUGUGGAAGCUCCUGGUCACCAUUCAUGACCGUCAUGAAUUUGCCAAGUUUGAGGAAGAGAAAGCCAAGGCUAAGUGGGAAGCGGCUAAUAAUCCGCUCUACAAAGGAGCCACCAGCACCUUCCAAAAUGUAGCAUAUCGUGGCAGUUAAGAAACUACAACUGCCUCUGUCAAGAACUACUGAUCAUCUCUACAACAUAUCUUAGCCAGUCACAAGCUGGUUUCACCCAGGCUUGUGACUAUUUAGAACUGUUGUGACUAUUACAGAAUGUACCAAAACAUUUUUAUUAUUAUUAUUAUUAUUAUUAUUA